AAAUUGUCAAAAUCUCUUGUGUGAUUCGCAUGUGACUCUGCGUUGUCUAUCAGUAUUUUAUCGUUAUUUCUUAAUAAUUUUGAGGAAUACAUUAACACUGUGCUUCUGAGAGUUUUCUGCAUUGACCUGUAUAGAAAUUUGCGCAUAAUAGUGGAUAUAUUUUCCAAAAAUUGGUUAUUCAUUUGUUCUUCUGUGGUGCCUGCUAGAAGUGAGGUUAAGCAGUGGAAGAGACUUGUCAUUAUUACAGCGAGGGAAGUUUCCAGUGGGGGUGUUGAUUCGCUUAACCCCCACUUAACUGUGGAUGCCCGGCCUUCUUGACACCUUGGAUAAGCUUCUGUGCUGGCGGCUGAAUGAUUGACGGACUUUAUUCAUAUAUGUGAGCUAAUAGUCAUCAUUAAUUGGUGUCUCGGCUAUCACUGGUUUUCUGCGUGAUCUGACCGCUGCGGGAGUGACUGAGAGGGAGUCAUCGGCUCUACAAAAGAACGUUCACUAUUGACUAUUAAUUGUCACUAGUUCUGCAAGAGCACGGGGUUGCUGGCGACUUUUUUUCGUUCUCCAGCGGAUUUUUUUUUUGACUGCUCCGACGCUUUGAGUGAGCUGCUGUGGAGUCAUUGAGAGAAGGUGGUUUCUGGUUUUGGGCGCCAAUAGGCAUCAUUAACUGUCACUGACUCUGCGAAUGGAAUUUCCAGUGGGGGUGUGGAUUCGUUUGGCCCCCGCUUAACUGGUAAUUUCCGGAAGAUUUUUAAAAAGUGCUCGAUUUGCUGGUUUUGGUUUUUGUUCCCCAGCUUGUCUUGUGGUUGCGAUCUCCUGGUCAUGCCUGCUGAACAGUGUGGUUUGUGUGCAUCUGUCAUCGACCGCCGGCACGGUUCAGGAGUCUCCUGCGCUGGUUCCUGCGGGAGGUGGUACCACGUUCAGUGCACCGAUCCUCCGCUUUCUCCGGGUUCGGAAAAACCGGUGCUGUUUGGUACUGCGUCAUGGCAUUGCAAGCUUUGCAUGGAGAACAGCAGUGGUGGCUCUUCUGCAGUGCAGAAUGGGUCCGGAGGUUCCUCGCUGGUCGACGCCGGGUCUGCUAAUGUGACACUGGGCUCUCUGAUUUCCCGCCUAAAUAGUGUUGAGAGUCUGUGCAUGGGCUUGAUUGAGGAGAAUAAAAAUCUUCGCUUGCAGGCGGCGGAGUGUAUUGAACUUAAAGCAAGAAUCCGAGCCAUUGAGUUCCGGCUUGACUCGGUGGGCUCUUGGUCGAUGAUGACACCGGGGCCCUCUCUUCAUCCUCCUUAUGCUGAAAAUAGACUAGAAUCGACUAUGCUGAUCGAGCGUGAGUCUCUUGGCGGGAAUCAGUGUCUUGCUGGGGUGAAAAAUGUGCCUGUGGCUGCCCCACCUACAAUUAGUCGUCCAGUGUCUGGAUCAGGUACUUCUGGUUCUGGGAAUGAUGCUGUAGCUACAUUUUCGCGCCGAAGUUUGGAUAAUACUGCUGUAUCACGGUUGAGGUGUGUUGGGGGUGAUGUGGUGCCUCCUCUGUCAGGACGUGAUGCGAAUGAUGCUGUGGAUCCACAAUUGAAUGGUAUUUUGGGGGAUGUUGGGCCGGCUCAUGGGGGACGUGGGCGUAGGCCUGUGGUUUUGGGUCGAGCCAAGUUUACUAAUGGAUUACCAACUGUGCAGAAAUUCCGUUGGCUAUUUCUGGCGCGACUUUCUCGGCAAGUUACUGAGGAGCAAUUGAGCUUGACCUUGUCAAAAAGACUUACGUCAAAAAGACUCCCUAAAUGCAUUUGCCUAACAAAAAAUGCGCCUGUUACCAGAAAGGGUGCUUCAUUCCGUGUCGAGCUUACGGAUCCUGAGUUUCAGGAGGCCUCCUCUGCGGAUUUUUGGGAGGAGGGCAUUCUAGUGAAGCCUUUCUUUUUUUACCCAAAACGAAAACCAGCGCCAACCGACGACCCGGGCUCCUUUCCCCGCGAGUGUGAUACGGGUGCACGAUCAGACCUUGCUACCGAGUACUGCGACUAGCGUUCCCCAAUCUACUCUGAAUGAGACUAAUGUAUCCAUGACUUUAUAUUGUGGGUCAUCCCUGUCUAAUUCCUUAAAUCAUAGUUUGUCCAAUAAUAAUCUUCUUAACGUUAAUUUUAAUGAUAUUUCUGCGGUUUCUCAGGUUCAGCUUGAUAGUGUGGCCGACGUACAUUCCAAUUCACUCUCUAUAGCCCAGAAUCACCUUAUAACUAAUCCGCGUUUUUCUUCAAUUAUUGCUCAUAUAAAUGCGCGCAGCAUUAGGCGCCAUAUUGAUGAGAUUCGUGCUCUUCUAAGAAAAUCCUCCAUUUCGGUACUGUGUGUCUCCGAGACCUGGCUUGACUCCUCCGACUCCAUGGAGUCGGUUGGUGCUCAGGACUUUCGACUUCUAAGAAGUGAUAGAUCUGGUCAAAAGAGAGGAGGUGGUGUCGGUAUUUAUGUCCGAAAUUGCCUCAAUUCUUCUGUGCUCUGCAACGGCACUUUCGGUAGGUUGGAGUAUAUUGGCCUAAGUGUCAAAUUCCCUGACUUAACUCUAAAUAUUUUCACCUGUUACUACCCACCUCCAGUAACGAGUCUUAUGGAUAUUGAAGGUCUGUUUGAUUUGGUGCUAUCAUACGACAACUUUAUGGUUCUGGGUGAUUUUAAUGUUAAUCUCAACGCUGGAACUUCAAUAGCCAAAAAAUUCCUAGAAUUCCUAUCUGAGCACUCUCUUCAUCAUGUACCUUUUAGCCCAACUCGUAUGGGGUCACUUCUCGAUUUAAUGAUUCUUCCUUCCCAUGAUUCACAAAGAAUACUUGAAUACGGCCAGGCUCCUCUUCCUGGUAUAUCAGACCACGACUUAAUCUUUGCUUCUUAUAAUCUGCGAUUUCCUAAACCGUCUAAUAAAUUUAAAAUCAUCUUCGA